CGGUCUGAGCGCAAACCCUUUGCUCGUCCGAUCUUCCCCUCCAUUCCUUUCAUCCCGUUCCUCUUUUUUUUUUUUUAACACACAUUGGCUCCUCCCUUUCAUCUUCCGUCUUUCUUGCCAAUCCAUUAACUUUUGCAUCAUUCUCCCUACCUUCUCAUUGACGGUUACUAAACCAGUCCAGAAUGGAUGAGGAAGAUGGCCAUUGCAAAGAAACCGAGGUCACCGUCCAUUCGACGAGCCCCGUGGACUCGGCCGAUUAUGAUCCUUUUGACCCCCAAACCCGCUCCACCACGUACAAGUGGAUCACCGUCGUCCUUGUCGCGGGAUUAUCAACCAUGGUUCAGUUGUCCACCAUCAUAGCAGCUCCUGUCUCCCCGUCCAUUCUGUCUCAUUUCCAUUCCGACAAUGCCCUCUACCGCACCCUCAUUGUAUCCAUCUGGGAACUCGGAGAAAUCAUAGCGCCAUUGCUAUGGGGACCGCUCUCUGAAUUGUAUGGCCGACAAUGGCCUCUGAAUAUUGCCAAUCUCUUCUUUGUGGCCUUUUUGGCUGGAACUGCUGCCAGUACCAGUAUUCAGAUGCUGAUUGCCUUCCGGUUCCUGAGUGGUGCGGCGACCGCAGCAUCAGCCAUCGGUCCUGGUAUCGUCAGCGAUCUCUUUCCCGAGGAAAAUCGCGGACGUGCCAUGUCUAUUAUGUCCUUGACCGGUGCAUUGGGACCAGUCGUAGGUCCUAUCAUCGGUUCCUAUCUGGGUGAAAAGGCCGGAUGGCGAUGGGCAUUCUGGUUACCGACUAUUGCGACCGGGACUCUGUCCCUGCUCAUUCUUGUCGUGUACCGUGAAACGUACAGCGUCACUCUCCAAAAACGCAAAGCCAAACAGCAGGGCCUCGAAAGUGGCACUGAAAGCCCGGAAGAUACAGAAAAGACGGCCAGCCACGUAUUUUUUAAGACUAUCCUCCGGCCACUCCGUCUGCUCAUCCGGUCUCCCAUGCUAAUACUUGUUACCUUGUAUCUCAGCGUGGUCUAUGGUUACACCUACCUGGUGAUGACAACCAUCGCAACACUGUUCCAGGAUGUGUACGGCUUCUCCGAGGGAGCAUCCGGUCUAGCCUUCCUAGGACUGUGUCUUGGGCUCAUUCUCGGGGCCUUCCUGUGCAGCUUCCUGCUAGACCGCUAUGUGCGCACAGCCCGGGCGCGGUCCGGCACUUCCAAGCCAGAGCAGCGCCUGCCCCCUGUCCUGAUCGCAUGCUUCAUCAUGUCAGGCGGCCUUUUCCUUUUUGGCUGGACUGCGCAGUACCAUGUCCAAUGGAUUGCGCCAAUUAUUGGCACGGGCAUCAUCGGGUUUGGGCUGGUGUCUACCACCAUCACCUUGCAAACUUACGUCGUGGACCUCUUCGGCAUCUACGCCGCGAGUGCUACCAGCGCAAUGCUGGUUCCCAGAAAUGCCUGCGCCGCAUUCCUGCCCCUCGCAGGACCGCCAUUGUUCAAGCACCUUGGAUAUAACUGGGGCGGAACACUUUUGGCGCUGAUUGUUUUGGUGUUCUCGUUGAUGCCCUUGAUCUUCAUCAAGUAUGGCGAGAGACUGCGGGGAAAGAAUUUGCUAGAUGCUUGAGAUGCCGAGUGUGUUUGUAUAAUAUGUUUAGUAUGACAAAAGCAAAGCAUGAAUAUGAUAGUAAUGAUGAUGUUUGGGAUUGAUCCCACUUUCGCAG